GUUGCUGCAAGCUGGAGACACUCCAUCUGACAGAAGUACACACAUACAGACACACACACACACACACACACCGGAGACACGGCGGGUCUCAGAACCCCUCUACACGGGCUCUGCCCAUGCCACUAACACCACCUGCGGAGCCUGAUCUGGAACCAAAAAUGAACUGGGCGUCUUUUUAUGCCGUGAUCAGCGGCGUGAACCGGCAUUCCACCGGCAUUGGGCGGAUUUGGCUGUCUGUCCUCUUCAUUUUCCGGAUCCUGGUUCUGGUGGUGGCGGCGGAGAGCGUGUGGGGCGAUGAGAAAGCCCACUUCAUCUGCAACACCCAGCAGCCCGGUUGCAACAGCGUCUGUUACGACCAUUUCUUCCCCAUCUCUCACAUCCGACUGUGGGCGCUGCAGCUCAUCAUGGUCUCUACCCCGGCCCUGCUGGUCGCCAUGCACAUUGCACACCGCCGGCAUAUCGACAAAAAAUUGUAUCGCCAAGCUGGUCGCACCAGUCCGAAAGACUUAGAGCAGAUAAAAAACCAAAAGAUGAAGAUUACUGGCGCACUUUGGUGGACGUACAUGAUUAGCCUGCUGUUCCGUGUGUUAUUCGAAUCCGCCUUUAUGUAUCUGUUCUACAUGAUUUACCCAGGAUACAAAAUGUUUCGGCUGGUAAAGUGUGACUCGUACCCGUGUCCAAACAUAGUCGACUGCUUUGUGUCCCGACCGACAGAGAAAACAGUGUUCACUAUCUUCAUGCUGGCGGUGUCCGGCGUAUGCAUCCUGCUCAACAUCGCAGAAAUCGUCUUUCUUGUCGCGAGAGCAACUAGUCGCCAUCUCAAUAACUCCAAGGAUUCCCCAGUAGGAGCCUGGAUCUCCCAGAAACUGUGCUCCUUUUAGAAGCGCUGGUCAUCUCACUCUCUGAAAGCUAAAUAUUUCACUCAAACACCUAAUGUUCAAGAGGGCUAAUGCCAUUUUAAAAUUUUAUUUGAUAACUUAAAAUGUGUACUCCACAUUUAUUGAAAUAAAUUCACACUGCUGUAUGUAAUGUUCUACUCAUAUUGUCUCUAAAAAUAGGCUACUACAACAGUAAAAUAAAAUUGUAAUAUUUGUGGUAGAAUCUUUGUUUGAUAAAUAUCUGUUUGAUGACAAAGAUUAGAUUUAACGCAUUUUGUUUGGCAAAUGUCAAGAAAAAGUAGUUUGCAAGAAAGACGUUCCAACUGUUCCAAUUUAUUCAUCAGCUGUAGGCUACUUCAUUAUCUUGUAGCCUAGCUCGGCAAACUGGGUUCCAAAAGUCAUAAUUAUUUCAGUUUAUUUAAAUGAUAUACUGUUUACUAACAUAACAUAAACAUUAACAUAAACUUAACUGAAAAUGCUAAAACACUAAAAAAAAUAAAGAUGUACA